GAAAUUUGAAUAUUCUCUCACCUGGCUUUUUGCUUUAAAAUGAGAAGACUGCAGGUGGACUGCCAGCUGCCGAUCUCGCUGUUGACAGUAAAAGCAGAUAUGUUCCUUGCUUACUGCCAUUAGCACUGACCAUGACCCUUCACACCAAAACCUCUGGAGUUACCCUGCUGCACCAGAUUCAAGGCACUGAACUGGAGACACUGAGCAGACCUCAGCUGAAGAUUCCCCUGGAAAGAUCACUCAGCGACAUGUACGUGGAAAGCAACAAGACAGGAGUUUUUAACUACCCAGAAGGGGCCACUUAUGAUUUCGGUACUACAGCUCCAGUGUACAGCUCUACUACCCUCAGUUAUGCCCCAACUUCUGAAUCUUUUGGGUCCAGCAGUCUGGCGGGAUUUCACUCCCUGAACAAUGUCCCACCAAGCCCGGUGGUGUUCUUGCAAACGGCGCCCCAGCUCUCACCCUUCAUCCACCACCACAGCCAACAGGUACCCUACUACCUUGAAAACGAACAGGGCAGCUUUGGGAUGAGGGAAGCUGCUCCUCCAGCCUUCUACAGGCCAAACUCUGAUAACAGGCGCCACAGCAUCCGGGAGAGGAUGUCCAGUGCCAAUGAGAAAGGGAGCCUGUCCAUGGAGUCCACCAAGGAGACGCGGUACUGUGCUGUCUGCAAUGACUACGCUUCAGGCUACCAUUACGGGGUCUGGUCGUGUGAGGGCUGCAAAGCUUUCUUCAAAAGGAGUAUUCAAGGGCACAAUGACUACAUGUGUCCUGCUACUAACCAGUGCACCAUUGACAAGAACAGAAGAAAAAGUUGCCAGGCUUGCCGACUAAGAAAAUGCUACGAAGUGGGAAUGAUGAAAGGUGGAAUCCGGAAAGACCGUAGAGGUGGGCGAAUGAUGAAACAAAAACGUCAAAGAGAGGAGCAGGAUUCCAGGAAUGGGGAGGCUUCUUCUACAGAGCUACGAGCUCCCACCCUUUGGACAAGUCCGCUGGUGGUUAAACAUAACAAGAAGAACAGUCCAGCCCUGUCCCUGACGGCAGAACAGAUGGUCAGUGCCUUGCUGGAAGCUGAGCCACCCAUAGUUUAUUCUGAAUAUGACCCAAAUAGACCAUUCAAUGAAGCCUCUAUGAUGACCCUGUUGACCAACCUUGCAGACAGAGAAUUAGUGCACAUGAUCAACUGGGCAAAGAGAGUUCCAG